CCUUCCAUCCAUUUCCCAGGUUGCCGUUGGAACUUCGCUUAGCAAUAUGGGAAAUGACCGUUGAACCUCGCGAGGUCGAGGUCCGCAUUGUGAAGCCGACGCCCGAAGACCCACAGGAAGCAAGGUGGUCACACCCAAGUCAAUGGUCCUACAUCAGUAAUUCAAGAUUUGAAGAAGCCAUGAGCAAAGUGUCCACCUCGACACGUGCAGGGCGUAAGGCGAGAAGGAAAGCCAGAAAAGAAUGGAAGCCUUACCAACCAUACGUCCACAUGGUUUCAUCAACAAUUCCUGCGGCGCUGCACACUUGCCGAGAAGCCCGCAAUCACGGACUAUAUCAGCAAAUAUCCUCGGACGUGGACGAUCAGCACGUCAUGGAUCGCCGAUAUGUCUGGCUGAACCUGGACAUCGAUUUGAUAAACAUAGGGACGUCGUAUCUGGCUUACUUUAUACCGAUUGCAUCUUCUUUCAAGCGACUGAAGUUCAGUCGCGCGAUUACAAAUGAAUGGUGGUGUGAAUAUGAGAAAGACCUACUCCCAAGAUUCAUAAAUGCCGAAGAGAUUCGUGUACUCUGCAUUGACGGCUUCUGGAAUUGGGGGGAUGAAGUGUAUAACUUUUCUUGGCCUUGUGCCUACGAAAACUUAGUCUUCAUUGACGAAGAGACACCUGUGCGUUAUCUGGAGGUAGGGCAUCCUGAAGUGGGACAUCCUGAAGUGGGACAUCCUGAAGUGGUACAUCUAGAAGUAGGACAUCUCGAAAUGAGACGAAUAUAUCGGAGAAUGUGGGGAAGAGAGUCGGACGACGAGGAGGCUGUCGACUAGAGCACAGCAUUCUCCUCGACACUUGUCCUAGUUGAAACAA